GAUCGUCCUGGCCUUCGGGAAUUACAUGAACAGCAGCAAGCGGGGAGCAGCUUACGGGUUCCGCCUGCAGAGCCUCGACGCGCUCCUGGAGAUGAAGUCCACGGACCGCAAGCAGACGCUGCUGCACUACCUGGUGCGGGUGAUCACGGAGAAGUACCCGGAGCUCACGGGCUUCCACACUGAGCUGCACUUCCUCGACAAGGCGGGCACAGUGUCCCUGGACGGGGUCCUGCAGGACGUGCGGAGCCUCCAGCAGGGCAUGGAGCUGACCCGCAGGGAGUUCAUGCGGCAGGACGACAGCCCCGUGCUCAAGGACUUCCUCAAGGUCAACUCGGAGGUGAUGGAGAAGCUGCAGGCGGACAGCAAAACCGCCAAGGAGGCCUAUGAGUCGGCUGUGGAGUAUUUUGGGGAGAACCCCAAGACCAGUCCCCCCACCACCUUCUUCCCCAUGUUCAUGCGCUUCAUCAGAGCCUACAAGAAAGCAGAGCAGGACAUCGAGCUGUGGAAGAAACAAGAGGCCGCAGCCAAAGAGGCAGAAAACAGCCCCCCUGGCAACGAGCAGCAACCGGAGCUGCCCAUCCAGAAGGCCAGGCGGCAGCAGAUGGACAUGAUUGCUGAGCUCAAGAAGAAGCAGAUGGUGAAGGAGCCUCUCAUCUACGAAGGCAAAGACGGGGCCAUCGAGGACAUAAUUUCAGAUCUGCGGAACAACCCGUACCGGCGGGGGGACAAGGGCCGCGGCAGCGCCAAGAAGCGGCCGGCGGGGCAGAGCCUGCAGGCGACGCCGGACAUCGCGCUGUGACACCGGCGGCGUCCCUGCAGCUCCAGGACCGGGGCAGGACCAUCCUCCCGACGCAGAUGGGACCGCAGGAUGUCACCUCACCGGCCCGGGGCUCCGCGGGGCGGGGGGAUAGUGCCCGCUCCGAGCUGCUCCAGCCGCUUACCGUGCCAGCUCCCCCCUGCCCGCCCCGGGGUCUGGCGCAGGGACCCCCCCCGCGCUUGCUUGGCGAUGCCCCUGAGCUCCUCUCCCCCAGGGCUGGCAGGGCUAGGGGACCCUCCUGGGGACGGGCAGAGAGCACAGAAAGGGCUGCAACUUGUCCUGGAAGGCAAAGAGGGGCUGCCCCGUCCCUGCCCCGGGGCUGCUCCAUCCCCCGCCCGCCGCGGGCCCAGCCCCGCACUGGUGUGUCCCACUCCUCAGCUUGCUGGUGCCUUGGAUUCCCGCUGCGGGAGGGGAGGGGGUGUCACCCGGGACCCGGCGGUCCCCGCACAUGUCCCGCACCCCCCCCGGCCCCGCAGAGCCCCCUGAGAGCCGUGUCCUCCUCUGCUGCAGAGCUCCCGCCCUGGGCCCCUCCCGUACCCCAGGGCCCGGCAGCGGUGCUAUUUUAACAGGGAUUUUCUAAGUCUUCCUUCAAAUUCCUCUGUGCUGCGGGAGCAGGGAAUGGAACACCCACGAGCAGGGUGUCCCCAGGAUCCUGAGGCUGUGCCGAGCAGCUGUUCGCAGGAUCCCGAGGCUGGGCUGUUCCUCGCCCGCAGGGGAGGCUCCGGAGCUGCGACAAUCAGCAGCGGGGACAAUCUCUGCGAGGUGGUGAUGCCUCUGCCCACCUGCAUCCCCCAAAUCCGCCUCCGCUGUUGGGGCUGGAGCCUCUGCGGUCCCCCGUGUCCGUCAGCCCCGGGGGGGGGUGCAGGAGCUGCUCCCCGUUUUGCGGGUGCCGGGGAAACCUCCAGCAAACACGAUCCCAAAGGCUGCGGCGUCGCUGCUGCCACCAGGGAGGCCCGAGAGCUGCACGAGCCUCCCGGUACCGCACUGGACCCGAGCCCUCCAUCCCUCCCCUGCCCCGCUGCUGCUGAGUGACCCCCCCACCUCCCCCAAAGCCCCGCACUGUGGCAGUGAAACCCCUCAGUGCAUUCACUUGGUUAAACGGUCCCCGCUACGAGGAUGCGGCUGCACCUCCCUCCUCCUGUCCCUCCCUCCUCGCCAGUCCCAGCUUUAGCCCAGCUCAGCCCAGAGCAGCCGCUGCUUCCCGCUGUAUUUAAGCUGCUUCAGCGCCGGCUCCGCGUCACCCGGGGAGGGGUGGGAAAUGAAUGUGUAACUUAUAAAUGCCUUUAAGCCAGAAAUGUAAACCAUUAACUGCUCAUUUGUAUACAUUAUUUUUAUAUACUGGAGGCCUGUUUAAUUCUAAAGCAGAACUGGUAAUAAAAUGUCUCAGAGGAUAA